AUGCCCCCGUUAUCCUCUGAACGAAUUGCCGAGAGCCGCUCGAGAUAUUUGAAUGAUACGCCCCAGUGUCUUGAUCGCCCAUGGAGCAAAAAGAACAGCCAUGCUAUCAUGAAAAUCAUCUUUUGUGUUUGGAAUGAUGUCCCAACUGCUGAGCACCUGCAUAAGAUGCAACUUCCGGUUUCAAAAGACCCUCUGCGUGGCACGUUAAGGGGCAAUGCCCUCGGUGUAGAGGCUACUGGCCUCGAUACCCGACCGGCAUGA